CGUAUCAUAGGCACUUGCCUAUCAAUUCACUGUCUUUUCGUCUACCUCAAUUACAUUUCAUCGGAACCGUUGUGCUCGACGCUCUAUUCCACUGCUUCCCGCAUAUCAUCAGCCCGACACAAAUAUUUUCUCUCCCCUUGUGACCUUUCACCUACUACUAUCUAUCAAUCUUUCGUUGUCGGUAUCUCAUUGGGAAGCUUCAGCUUAUCAACAUGGCCCCCAAGAGACAGCGCAAGAAGGCUGGCUCUCCGGGAGCCGCCUCUGGUCCUGCUGGUGGUCGCUGGAAGCGCCAACGCUUGGAGCAUGGCCAGAUACAUACCGAGGAAGUUUUCGGAGCACCUGACAAGGGCGAUGAUCUAGAAAUGCCUGAAACUGAAGAAGAGCCUUUGACAUUUGACAAAGGAGAAGGUGCCGAUGCUAAAUUACAAUCUGCUUCGACUGAGUCUGCCCCGACUGAACAGGCUAAAGAGACUGAACGUAAUGGCCUAGACUUAACAUUACGCCCCAUCGAGAAUAUCUACUCGGCAAUCAAGGACAUGGCCAAUUCUUCGAAGGACCUCGCUGACGGCGAACCAAUUCAUAUUCGAGUCGCGACUAUGUGCUCUGGAACAGAAGCACCAGUUUUCGCAAUCGAAAUGCUUCAGGAGUUCUGGGAGCGACAAGACCCUGGAAAAAAGUUCCUUGAAUUCUCACACGUGUUCAGUGUUGAAAUAUCCGGAUUCAAACAGGCAUAUAUCACCCGCAACACGGACAACAACACAAUCUUGUUCAAUGAUGUCCGGGAUUUCAUCAAUCCUAAGGAUGGUCAAGCGCCUACCGCGUUAGGUGCAAUGAAAACCAUACCCAAAAAUAUCGACCUGCUCAUUGCAGGCUGUGCUUGUGUCGACUUUUCGCCGCUAAAUACCCAGAAGCGAAAAGAUUACUCGAAUCACCGUACAGAUGAUCAAGAUCUUCUAAAGAAGGUCGUAGAAAAAGGAGGCUAUGAUGCUUCGAUCCACUACACAUAUGUGCUUAACUGGUUAGAGACAGUUCUUGCCGACAUGAGCAGCAUGGGAGUUUCAGGACAGACAUUCUUUUCACUGUUGAGUUACGUAAAGCAGAAUCGUCCUAAGAUUGUGUUACUUGAGAAUGUUCAAGGUGCUCCAUGGAAGACGAAUGAGAAUCUGUGGUUCCCAUUCCUAGGAUAUUCUGCCGGAUAUCUCAAGCUGGACACUAAAGAUUAUUAUAUUCCUCAUACUAGGAGUCGUGUCUACUUCAUUGCCCUCGACAAUGAAGUGUUUGGGGCUGAUGGCGCAAAGUCCAUCAUUAGGGAAUGGGGUGGGAUUACUUCGACGGAACUUUCAAGAAGGGCAUCAGCUCCAGUCAACUCCUGGUUGCUCCCCCCCGCUCAUCCAUUGACAGAACGAGCGCGCCAAGAUGAUUCCGAGAGAGCACUGAGUUCCAUCCCAGAUUCUAAUUGGGAAAGAAGUAAUGCCCGUCAUACACGGACUCGCAAGAGAGAAGGCCUUGACGGAAGCCGCCCAAUAACACAGUGGGAUUCAACCAAUAGUCAGCCCUACGAUCGCAUAGAUCGACUUACUCUGCUAGUGCAGUCUAAGAGAGCCAAGGAUUGCAUAGACAUCAUCUAUUUACAUGGACGCCACAGUGGCAUUACGAUCGGAGCGCAGAGGUUCACAUUUGAUGUGAACUUCAAGAACCGGAUUUAUGAUAUCAGUCAAAAUAUCGACCGUAUCAAUUUCAGGCUGCCGUUUGGAAUAACCGGGUGUCUUACACCUGGUGGUAUCCAUUGGAUAACAGACCAGAGCCGAUUACUGUCUGGUUUCGAGACGCUUCUGUUGCAAGGAUUGCCUGUCAGCCAAAUCAAUUUUGCAACAGAGACUCAAGAGGAACUGAGAGACCUCGCGGGGAACGCCAUGAGUACAACUGUGGUCGGUGCUACUUUUGUCGGCAUUCUGUCCUCAAUCCGAAAAUUCCAUUCUUUGCGUGAAAUCUUCCAAUCCACUAAGGAGAAGGCCGAUGAUAGACCUAUUGAGCCAGUCUCAACAUCUGCUUUGCAAGAACUUGACGCGUUCAAAACCACAUGCAGCGAGCCAUUUGACGUGCCAUCGAUGGUCAAAAGAUGCCGUCGGUACUGUUUCUGCAACGGAUCUGCAAAGUACAGCACUGACGAUUUCUUGAAGUGCAAAGUUUGUUCCACCAUCCGCUGCAAGUGGUGCGCUGGCAACCCGUGCCAUAGCUUCGAGCCAACCACGCGACCCUCAACAUUCUUGCUGCUGUCGGAAGUUGGACAGAUGCUAAUGCGCUACUUUCCUGGCACUGUCGCAAUCCAUGGCAUGGUACUACCGGGAAUCUUGGAGCAACUGCCGCUCCGAGAAGAUCAUGCGUUGAGCAAAACCAUUGUUGACGUCCCUGCCGUGAUGAAUAGGCUUCUGCACACAGUAUUCUAUUACAAAAGUGUCCAUGUGACGGAAGUGCUCACUAUCUGUUACGCUGCGACAGAAGGCUUCGAGCUUCGAGCAAAGCUGUCAGAAGAAGGAGUUACCUGGCUCUUGUAUGUCGAUGCGUGGAGCAAUUCCGGGACGGAAUGCAUCGAGACCUUUGGUGUAAACCCCAUUUGCUUGGCCCAACCUGUAGCGAAGACUAUAGUGCUCCACGACUCUCUGGGCGUACCUCCGCUCCCGCAAUCUUGGAGGGUCUGGUCCUUCAAAUCGACGCCGUUGGUGGUAACUGCGACACCAUCAGCCAAUGGAAUGGAUAUCAACGUUUCUGGAAAUGAAAACAUUCCCUGUUCUUUGAUCUCCGGGAUGUACUAUGCUAGACCUCAGUGCGAUGCUCCAGAGAGCUCUCUACAUGUUCUUGACAAGGGAGGCGCAUUUUUCUUCAAAGAUGUGACGAGAACCGGCACCCCUGAUCAAGAUGGUUGGGCUAUCGCGAAUGAGUGCCGCCUUAUGGAACCUCAUGAGUACCGAGAGGUUUAUGUCAAGUUUGAUCCUCGUAUGGAUCCCAGAAAACUGGUUGAGAAGAGUACCAUCCAGACGAAGCUAGAUGGACAUUGGGUAUCUGUCCCGAUAUUCGAGAACAUUAUAACACCGAACAUCACGUACUCGAAUAUCGAGAAACUGGAGCAUCUUUCAUUCCCUAUCGAAAAGUGCCUGACAGUUAGUGAGAACGAAUGGAAUAUUCUUGCGGAAGGAUCUGUCGCGAAGCAUAAAGAUUGUGAUCUUUACAGCGUCAUGAAAAAAUAUGAUUUCCUCGCCGAUCAAAGGGGUGAUUGGGUCAUCGUUGAUAAAAAGGACCUCGGCCAUGUCUUUGAAUUCAUUUCGCACUUCAAUGCCAAGUUUUCCUCCAUAGGAAACUUGGGGAUUGAAUUCAACAUAGCCGAUAUUGACACUUGGGCGAAGCAUCUUGCCGCUUGGCGGGCUGAGCCUGACCGUCGAGACUGCCCCUUUGGCCAGCUACCCAGAAUUAGAUGGAUCAAACUCAAUAACGUGUUUGUAGCGCACCACCACUCUCAUGCGAUUGCAGCAUUCGAGACCCAUGAGAAGGAGAUGCCCCCAAUCUUCCAAGUGAGAGUAAGAAUGAACCGGGAAAAUCAAGACCCUGACACGAAACAGAUGUAUGUUGUUGAUGUGCAAUACUUGGUUAACCCCUUGAGUCUCGGUCAGAAGGCGGCUGCGUAUUUGCCUCCGAGUCACGACCAAAACGCGACGUUGACUGCGUGUGUUAAGGCUGAGCUCAACCCGGUAGUGUCGGAAAAUAUUCAGAUUGCAUCUGAAGGUAAUCAUUACUUUAAUCCCUUCCGACAGUCAUUGAAGAUGGUAGAAACUGGACCCCGUUUCGAAUCUAUAGACCAUAAUCUACUGGGUGGAUUCAAGGCAACGUUGAGUCCUUCGCAAACACGAUCUCUUGGCUGGAUGCUCUUCCGCGAGCGGGAAAAUCAGGAAUUCACCGAACGAGAGACGGAGGAAUACCUUGUGCCCGAGCUUGAACUUCGACUUUUAGGCUGUGCAGAGCGCAAAAUUUGCAGCCGUGGCGGUGUGCUAGCCGAUGAUGUGGGCUAUGGAAAGACCGUUGUUACUCUUGCAAUGAUACACUACCAAAGACAUCAUGACCAAGAGAGAUCAGUGCAAGUACGAGAGGCCAAGGUACCCGGUGCCAUACAUCUAAAGGCGACCCUGGUAGUGGUGCCGUCUCACUUGGUCGACCAGUGGGCGGAACAAGCCAUCUUAUUUCUUCCCAUCGCAAAGAAUGAGAUAGUCAAGAUAAAGAGACUAUCUGACCUUGAAGAUGGAAUUGACUGGAAACUCCUACAGCAACUGCAGAACGCUAAGCUCAUAAUCGUCAACAAUGCAAUCUAUUCGAAAACUGAAUAUCAUAAUCGUCUUGCGGCAUUCGCGGGAUCGCUCGAUCCGCCGUUCAAGGGAAACAACUUGAAGGACAUAUGGAAAGAUGUGCAGACGCGCGUUUUUGAGGAUUGGUAUACAGACGCAGCAGCCGCUGCUAGGCGUCAUAUGAACCAACUCUUUGCCAUGAUCGAGGAAGACAAGAGUCUCGACCCAGAGCAGCUUGAUGCUCUCCAUCAGACGAUAAAGGUGCAUCGCGAACAACAAUGCAAGAUCCAGCAAGAAUACUUAGUCAACUUCCAAGAUCGAGGAGAAGUCAGAGCGGCUGCACCAAAGAAGGAUCGCAACCCCAAUGCCGAGCCCAAGAAUGAUUCACCGAAGGCUGUAAAAGAAUACCCUUACGCGACUCAGGGAUUCAAAUCGCGAGAACGGUUGACUAUACCUUUCAGUCACUUAUUGGAAGCCUUUACAUUCGCUCGCGUGGUGUACGAUGAAUUCUCAUACGACAACUUCCCAGCGAUGCUUUUUGUCAAUUCUUCACAGGCCUAUUCCAAGUGGGUUUUGUCCGCGACUCCGCCGACGAGUAACCUGGCUGCUGUAUGUGGCAUCGCAAAGCUCCUCAAUGUGCAUAUUGCACGACAUGCCCACCGCCGUCUGGGAAUGCCUCGGAUCACAGAAGGCCCGGAACUAAAGAACAAGAGCAAUGCUGAGACAUUGCAUAGCCGUGCCUUCAUUUCAGACCAGGUCAUUCGCGAAAGGCAUCAAAAGGCAGAAGAUUUCCUACAAGUCUUUGCCAAGGCUAACCCUAUAGACCAAGAGCUUGCCGGCCGCAUCGAGGUUCAGGAGAAAGUAGUAGUAUGUGAGCUGAAUCAGUAUGAAUUCAGUGUUCACUUGGAUCUCCAGCAAGACCUGCGAGCUUGUGGCAUGGAUGCAAGUAUGCUGCCACGAGAGUCUCGUGCUUUGCUUCUGCCGCUACUCGGCCACGAGGGGUGGAAUGGGAAAGGAGCACGUAUUGGUGCCGAAGGACUUCUUGCUCGUUCGUCUCGGGGAAACGGACACCAAGAUGAGCAGCCCCUCGAAUCUCUUGUAAAAGAGCGAGAAAUGCUACUUAAAAACGCCCUUCAGUUCUUUAAAGUUACUGCGGAAAAGGCUACCUGGCUAUCUGUGCGUCUCAAGAGCAGAAGGGAGCCGAUAUACCAAAAUGCCAAGGAGUGUGUUCAUGACAUAUUCAACCUUCUCAAUCAUAUUUACCAGGAAAAUAUUUCCAGGUGUGGCGGACGGCAUACUUUGGAUCUCAUGUCAAAGGCCAUUUUUGGUGGCAAGAAAGAUGAGGACCUUACCUCUAACUUCAACUUUUCGACUGAAAAAGACUUUUUCAGGACUUUGAAUGAAUUCAGAUCAACUUCCUGGAGUGAUUACUAUAAGUUGACGUCGGAAGAUCUUCCACACAUAGAUGAACAAGAAGCCACUGAGCUUAUACGGGAUCUAGAACGUGCUUCCGGUCCUAUCAGCGCGGCGCUGCGACGAGAUACUUCAAUCGAAACGUUGAAGGAACUGGUAAAGAACAAGGAGGAAGGGUCAGCCGAGGACAAAAAGGCCGACGAGGAUGCGCCAAAGCCGAACAAGACUUUUGAGGAUGAUGCAAAGUCCAGCAAAGCCAAGAAUACAAGGCCCACGCUACAAAGCAAAUGCGAAAGCGUUGGUAUAAAAUGUAAUUCGACUACGGGUGUUGCCCAGCUCUCAGACCUUUGGGAACGCCAUAAAGCUGGAACCCUUGAAGACUGGGAGUACAUUGGGUACGGAAACUGCCAGGUCCUGAGCCAGUGCAGUUUUCCCGUCCUGAAGACGGCCAGGAAGAUUCGAGGAGGCACUUAUACGCUCACUAGAAGUGACGUCAGUGACACGUCUCUCGAGCUAAUGAAAGCAUUCGAGCAGGUAAUCUACGCCGUGAGGCAGGAAAGGAUCGCCCAGAGAAUUCUUGCGAUCAAUAAGAACCAGGAAAAGGGAACCCAGUGGAAAUGUGAUAGCUGUGGUACGCUUCACGCUGCGGAAGAUCUGUACUUUGUCUGCCGCUGUGGCCACCUGAUUUGUGACCGUCAUCUCCAAUCGACCUACUGCGGCAUCGAAGGACACGAUGGCAAGAUAGAUUGCCCAUCGGAACUAAAGAGCGGAGUCAUCCCCGUGGCAAAGUUUCGCAGCCGCCACAGAAGUCUGAAUCCUGGAACUGAUGAUUCGGUUGCCCCUCACAGACUUAUCAGCUCCAAGUCGCAAAUGAUCGCCAAUACUAUCAAGACGAUUCCUGAGGACGAGCACGCGAUCCUAUUUGUCCAGUCUCGCAAGCAUAUCGAAGAGCUCAAGUUUGCUCUGAGGGAGAACGCUAUUGGGUUUACCGACUCGCCGGUGGAAGAAACGGACUUCGCAACUUUGAAAGGCUUGGGUUCCAUGAAACAAGCUCGGCUUGAGACUGAAUGCGAGAAGCGAGGUCUUUCUACCGCCGGCCGUGAGCGUGAAUUGAAGCAGAGGCUUAACGAGUGGGCGAAAAACAUCCCUCCAACCGUCAGCAAAAAGACCUACCAGCCGAAAGUCCGAAUCCUAAAACUCAACGACCCCACAUCGGCGGGAACGAACUUGCAGUAUGCGAACCAUGUCAUGUUCGCCGCGCCCCUAUUGGUCGACAUGCAGGAAGACUACGACGCGUUCAUGAAGCAGGCGCGAGGCCGCUGCGUCCGAUUCGGCCAGAAGAAAUCGGUCCAGGUGUACCACUUCGUCACGGCGAACACCAUCGAAGUCGACAUCCUCGAGCUCCGCCGAAAGAGCCACGUCCUGGUGCGCCCCGGGCACGCCAUCGGUCGACUUGUGCCUGCCCCGCUGCAGCCGGACUUGCUCAUGAUGAGAGCAGGAGUCGCCGCCAUGGACGACGAGCAUGCUUACAAUUCUGGCGCUGCUUCCACGACUAACGCCGCCGGAAAUGUUGACAGUGAUGGAGACGUACGCAUGACUGACGCUCCUGAAGGUAAAGGCAAAGGAGUUGAAGGCACAGCUGAGGAACGGGUCAACUCUAUCCUCCACCGCCAGGAGGUCUGGAAGGCUACCAAUGAACAUAAUUGGUUGACUUCGGUCGGAAUCGAGUACUGAUUCUAUCUACGGAUGGAUAAGGAGACUGGAAAGAAAAAUUGCUACGGAGUAAUAGUUGAGGAGUCGCGUUGCGCCACAGGCUGCUGCGUGUAAUGAGGAUACGGGGAAAUCGCCUAGGUAAAGGGAGGGAAAUAUGAACAAUGGAGGCCAAAAACAAAAAAAAGGGGGGGAUGAGAUGGGGGACAUGCAUUCAUGUUGUCUUGCGUAUUGCAGACAGACCCAUUUAAUUAAUGAUAUACCCCCUUUCGGUAUUUUCAUAUGGGUGGUUGUUAGGGUAGGCUCCUUUGUUAGUCCUGGUUUGGGAUGUAAUUACCACUAGGUUAGGUAGUUGCAGUUUCGAUGGAGACACGCCCCUUUUUAGUAAAAAGAUUGAUUUACAUAUCUUAAUUGAUCCCCAAUACGUCA